AUGGGCGUGUCGAGAGAACUCAACCAAGAAUGGUAUCUUGACUCGAGGAAAUGGAAUCAACAUGCUAUCAUUGUCCUUGGCGAUGGCAAGGGUCUGGACCUCGAAGAUCUUGCAGCCGGUCAGACCACUGUCGAUGUUUCAGCGUCUUGGGCGACCAGAGUUGUAGUCACAGUUAUUGCCGCCCUUUGGAUCCUAAUGCUGAUCACCGCCACGGGCUUCAAGAGAAAUAAUUGGUUCUUACUUGCCGUUGGCGGCAUUGGAACCCUUCAAAACAUUUCUGGUGCUGGAUGGAGACGCCCCCCUGAAGCACAUGGGAUUCCGAUGAACCUUGUGGAGGUCAUCGACAAGCCGAAACCAUGGAGACACCGUUUGCCGUAG